AUGCUCUUGUAUUCUGGAAGAAAGGCUUUGCUUUCACGUCCAGUCACUCUUGUGGUAUUUAGAGCUUACUCUCAGAAAGAAUCUUCUCCAAGAUUGAAGCAAAAUCUUAAACGAGCAGUGGACGGAGACUCUGAAGUUUUUGAAGAUGCUAAACCUCGCAGCAGAACUACCCGCGAGCGCAAGGCACGCGCGCAAAAGGCUCAAACUAUGAUGGACUUUGGGUUUGUGCUGCGACCUUACAUGAAGGAGUACUUUUCCAAUGUGAACAACUUAUUACAAUCUACCCCAAACUACUUAGAGGAACGUGAGAUUGUUGGUGCCUUUUUGGGACUGUCAUCACUCAAACAGUUAGAGAAUGGGUAUACAGUCGGACAAAUUGUCGAUAAGAACUUAGAGAAAAAACGUCCAGCUUAUGCCAUGCAUCUUUGCAGAAUGGCAAAGACCCAAGGUACAGUUGGCAUGAACCGCCUGCUACAAUAUCUCUGCGAUACCGACGACUUUAAGCAUGUUUUCAAAGUUUACAACAAUCUGAAAAAAUGGGGUGUACCCCCCAACGAAAGAACGUAUUCGAUUUUAACGCAUGCAGGUGUGAAUGCUGAUUGCAGGACCUACAGAACAAACAUUAAGAUUCUACUUCAAAUUUACAAGGAUGCCAUGGCUAAGGCCACCAGCAACACAUCGAAGGCCAUUUACACCAACUCGACACUUGUUUCUUUGUGUCGAUUUUCCCUUCCACAAAAUGCAUAUGAGUUUUACAUGCAGAUUCCAUCUACGGGCCGGUUCUCAAGAGACGAAAUCACUUACUCCACUAUGCUCAACUUGGUGGCACGCCAGAAAAACUUUUCUGAUUUCCCCGAGUUACAAAACUUGAACAAAAUUAUCUGGGAUGAGGUCAAUAGUCGAGUUGCAAAGAAAGAGCUUAAAUUUACACCUAGACUAAUUGAUUCUUACUGCAACAGUCUGUGCAAUCGAAACUUUACUAAUCCUUAUUUCGAGGUGGAUGAUUUGUAUCAUAAGCACUUUAAUUUUAACGACUCCACGAUUUUUGACAAAAAAUUCCCAUUUACCGAGGUGCAGCUGGAUAUUCUUUUAAAAUCUUGUUUAUACUCACGGAAGUAUGAACAGGCUGUGGAGAUUUAUCACUCUUUGAACAACAUGCCUAAUGUCUACCUAGAUCUCUCUUGUGUACACAAUUUUUUGCGAAACUUUGCCUUUGUUCCUAUGCUGGAUUUCCAGGUUCCCCGGACCCUUUUGGAUAGAAUGGUUAAGUGUGGUCGAUCCAAAGGAGGAAAAAUGAAACUGACCUCUUUAAGCAUUAAGUUGUUUUGGCGCGCGUUCCAGCAGUCAAACUCGUUUGAUAUUAACGUUGUGGAUGAAAUGCGGGACAAAGUUAUACCCGAUUUUCAUAUUCCAGUGGACGAUCACAUUAUUAGCGAGUACGCAUCAUUAUAUGCCCAUGCUGCUUUAAGCAAUAACCCUCCUUCUUCUCAGCAGCUCUUAUAUGCAUGCAAAUUCCUUCAUGACAACAUUAGCAUUAUUUCCAACGUUUCCAAAACACAACCGAACCCUUUGCGCAUUGAUCGGGGGUUGAGUAAAGGUAUUAUUAUGUGCCGCUGUGCUUUAGAUGACCAAGCAAAUUAUGAAGCGCUAAAAAAUGGCGAUCUUAAGUGGCUGGUUGAGCUUUGCGAGAAACUCAAGGGCCUUCAAAUCCAGUUGAAAGAAACAUUUAAAGAUAAUCCAGUUUUCAAGUCAGCGUUGGAAAAUAAAAAAUCAAAUGAAUCAAUGAUUUUUCAUGAGAAACAAAAAGAGAUGUUGCGCCGGUACCGCAAAGUCAUUCAAAACCAUGAGAUCCACAUUGCAAAGUCUUCCAUGAAGAACUUAAAAAGUGUUUUGAAAAAUCAUGCGAUGCGGACAGUUGCUCCGAAUUCAAAUGAGCUGAAGGAACACGAAGUUCUCGAGGUAUCAUAG